AUGGUCGCGACACCGGCAGUCCACACGCUCUACCAUAACCCCUUCUCGAUAUGCUCACUCAUGGUCCGAUACACGGUGGCCCUGCGGGGACCUGCGCGAGACAAGGCAUCCGAGAUCCCGAUUCAGGACCAGUCGGUCGAUAUUUUCCAUGAGGAGCAGCUCUCGGAGCAUUUCUUGCGGAAUAUCAAUCCGAAGGGUCAGGUCCCCGUCCUGACGUCCCCGACACUCGGCGCGCCGAUCGCAGACAGCAUGGACAUCACCCGCUAUCUGGCCAAGUACUAUCCGGCUAUCAUCCCGGCAUCGUACGAGAAGGAGAUCAACGAACGCUUGGACGCCCUCCACGCGUUGAACUAUUUCUCCCUGUCGUUCCCGGGCCGCGACUACGUCGCCCAAGGCUUCAAGGCCGCCGUGCAGAGGCGCCUGGACGGCGACAUCUCGCAGGCGUACCGGGACGCAUUGCAGUACAAGAUGGGCAUUAUAGAGCGUGACAAGAUCGGGGGCCUGAAGCCCGGCGCUCCCGAGGCGAUGGACGAGCGAGCGCGAAACCUGAUGUCCGAUUUCGAACGCAUCCUCCCAAAGCAAGCGUCGCUACAGGCGGGUGAUGGCGGGCAGACAUCAAACGGCACGACGUCGUCGGGACCGUGGUUGUUCGGCUUGACCAGCCCCAGCGCGUUGGACGCGCACUUGGUCGUGUUUGUGGCGCGCAUGCGUGACGUUGGCCGAGCCAAUAUCAUCCCGGAGACGAUCAGCGAUUAUGCUGAUCGGGCUAUGGCGCUGCCAGAGUGGCAGGCCGUGAUGGAAGGGCGGAAGACCAUGAUCGAGGCGUAA